GGAGACGCAAUCUCAAUUGCUGGGCGACGUAGCGAGAAUAAAGGCCGUAGCCUAUUUCUGACUGGCUUUUUAUAACCUGUGAUGCUACCUUCAGCCCCACUUGUCUUCAUGGAGGGCUGAGGGUUUAUCUUUUAGUUCGCCUGCGGCUCGUCUCUGUGCGUCUCCGCGUUGCGUCGUCGCCGUGUUUUUGCGCCGUAAUGUCAGGUGUUCAAGGCGAAGAGCCCACGGGAUGACUCCUUUCUCUGGGCUCGCUCGAUGUAAAAGGUGCAUUGGGGACGUGUCGCUCUUUGUUUUCCUAUAGUUUCAUUUUGUAUAGAAAGCAGACGGCUUUGGACGGAGACAAAGCGGAGCGACAGCCACACUCAGAAUGAGGAAAAGUGUCCCUUCUGAGAAUCGUCCUUAUUAAUAGAGGAUAACUAAUCCUCGAGGGGAUGUUGAUUGGUUAACGGGUUUAAAGCCACGCGCAGUUCGCUGAAUUGAGCGAUGUCCUUUAUUCGCUUGUAGUCGGCGGCUCGUUGUCCAGCGUCACUCGGCUCCAGACAGGGUUUCAGGCGGCGCAGGAGAUCUGUCUGGCAGAUAAAGAUGGUGUUUCGGAGUGAGGAGAUGUGCUUGGCGCAAUUGUUCCUGCAGUCCGGCUCUGAAUAUGAUUGCAUCAGCGAGCUGGGCGAGCUGGGGCUGGUCGAGUUCCGAGAUCUCAACCCAAGUGUCAGCUCAUUCCAGCGGCGCUUCGUCAGCGAAAUCAAGAGAUGUGAGGAGAUGGAGAGGAUUCUGGGCUACCUGCUGAGGGAGAUUCAAAAGACUAAUAUAUCCGUUCCUGAGGAGGAUGAGAGCCCGCUUGCUCCUCCCCCCAGACAAGUCCUUGAGAUCAUGGAGCAGCUCCAGAGGCUGGAGAUGGAGCUCAGCGAGGUGGCCCGAAACAAAGAGAAGCUGCAGAGGAACCGGCUGGAGCUCACCGAGUAUACGCAUAUGCUGAAGAUCACGCGGACCUUCAUACACAGCCGCUCCAGACAUGAGGCUCUUGGUCCCCAGUAUGAAGAAUUCCCCACGAUGGAGACAGACACGGUGACGGGAUGCACUGGCAUGCAAAGACUUGGAGCCAAGCUGGGGUUUGUUUCUGGUCUCAUCCAGCGGGUGAAGGUGGAGGCCUUUGAGCGCAUGUUGUGGAGAGUAUGUAAGGGAUACACCAUCUUCAGCUACGCAGAAGUGGAUGAGAACCUCGCUGAUCUCGACACUGGUGAGAUCAGCAAAAAUGUUGUCUUUCUAAUCUCUUUCUGGGGAGACCAGAUCGGACAGAAGGUACAAAAGAUCUGCGAUUGUUACCACUGCCAUCUUUACCCGCACCCUGAGAACGAUGAGGAGCGGGCAGAUGUGUUGGACAGCUUAAGGACUCGCAUCCAAGACCUCAACAAUGUGCUCCACCGCACUGAGGACUACCUGAGGCAGGUUCUGCAGAAGGCCUCGGAGUCGGCCUUUACCUGGGUUGUGCAUGUGAAAAAGAUGAAGGCGAUCUACCACAUCCUGAACCUCUGCAGCUUCGACGUCACCAACAAGUGUCUGAUUGCCGAGGUGUGGUGUCCCGUCAGUGACCUGGCAAACCUGCGGGGGGCGCUAGAAAAGGGCUCGAGAAAAGGUGAUGCCACCGUGCCGUCCUUUGUGAACCGCAUCCCGAGUACUGACACUCCACCCACCUUGUCGAGAACCAACAAGUUCACGUCUGGCUUUCAGAGCAUUGUGGAGGCGUACGGGGUGGGGGACUAUCGCGAGGUAAGCCCAGCUCCCUACACCAUCAUCACAUUCCCCUUUCUGUUUGCUGUGAUGUUUGGUGACCUCGGGCACGGGAUGGUAAUGAGUCUCUUCGCCUUGUGGAUGGUGCUGACUGAAAAAAAUCAGCAGAAGAAACGGUCUGCCAAUGAGAUCUGGACGACGUUCUUCAACGGUCGUUACAUCAUCCUGAUGAUGGGGAUUUUUUCUAUCUACACCGGGCUGAUUUACAAUGACUGUUUCUCCAAGUCUCUCAAUAUAUUUGGCUCUAGCUGGAGCGUCAAAGCCAUGUUCACAAAUCAGCAGUGGACAAAUAAAACCCUCCGAACGAAUGCUUUGCUCACGCUAGACCCCAACAUCAGCGGCGUUUUCAGUGGACCAUACCCAUUUGGCAUCGAUCCUAUAUGGAACAUGGCGGUCAACCGGCUGUCCUUCCUCAACUCCUACAAGAUGAAGAUGUCAGUUAUUAUCGGAGUCAUCCACAUGAGCUUUGGAGUGGUGCUGAGUGUCUUCAAUCACUUGCACUUCCGGCAGAAAUUUAAUGUCUAUCUGCUAUUUCUUCCUGAGCUGCUCUUCCUCCUCUGUCUCUUUGGCUACCUGGUCUUCAUGAUUAUCUACAAGUGGUUGGCAUUCGAUGCACGAAGCUCCAGUGCUGCUCCCAGCAUCCUCAUCCACUUUAUCAACAUGUUUGUCAUGCAAGGGAAGGACAUCACUCCUCUCUUCCCAGGACAGGUUGGGCUGCAAAUCUUCUUAGUCGUGAUAGCUCUGCUGUCGGUACCGGUGAUGCUGUUAGGGAAACCUCUGUACUUGUACUGGCUGUACCGUGGAGGCAAAGGCCUGCGCAGACGCAGAGGUUAUGAGCGAGUGAGGCGCGUAAGUGAGGAUGACAACUCCACUGCACCGUCCUAUGAAGAUGAUGUUGAUGAAGAGGAGGGACUUGAUGAAAUGCCAAACAGAGAAGCUCUUCCUAAAGAGUUUGACUUUGCGGAUGUGCUCCUGUACCAGGCCAUUCACACCAUAGAGUACUGCCUGGGCUGCAUCUCCAACACUGCGUCCUACCUGCGUCUCUGGGCUCUCAGCUUGGCUCACGCCCAGCUGUCAGAGGUGCUGUGGGGCAUGGUGAUGCGCCUGGGUCUGAGGAUGACCACGAGAGUGGGGGUGGUGUUUUUACUCCCCGUGUUCGGCCUCUUCGCCGUGCUCACCGUGUCCAUCCUGCUCGUCAUGGAAGGCUUAUCGGCGUUCCUCCACGCUCUCCGGCUGCACUGGGUGGAGUUUCAGAACAAAUUCUACCACGGGACCGGUGUCAAGUUUGUGCCCUUCGACUUCUCCCUCCUGCCCUCCGUUUUUGAACAAGAUGGCUUGCUUUAAAAAAAUCUGGACUUUGAGGUAUUGCACGUGUGUGGAAGCAGACUUUAGGAUUGGGAAAGGUGCCGGAAGGUGGAACAAUUCACACUGUGAUGACGACAACUAACCUUCAAAACAAUGGACUGAAACUCACUCUUGUAGCAACGUUUUUUCACCAUGACGAUUUUUAAAAUGUUAGCGGCUGUGCUGACUGCCUUACUACUGUACCCAGCAAACCUCUGAAACAGAAGUUAGAAACUCCUCUUAUGUUAAUACUUUAAUUUUGUAGGUGGGAUAUCACUCAAAACUAUUUCACACCAGUCGGGUGAGUUUAAACAUUUUAUUUGCAUUGCGCUGUGUAAACUGGUUUUGUAUUAUUUACAACACGGUAUUUAAAAUAAACAGUUAUACAGUGCAAUGUAAAGGUAAAAAAUUAUCAAAGACCAUAUCAACUAUCCUGAUGUAGUGCCAUAGAGAUAUUUUUCUGAGGAUGAUAUGGGGAUGCCUUUGGGUUUCAAAAAAUCCUCCUCCACAUGAUGAGAGAAAACCUGGAGGCAUCAAAAUCCCGAGAAAAAUAAAUACAUUUCAACCCUUUUUGUGAGGCAUAAAGUCACAAAGCACUUUGCAAAAUGAUUGUACAAUGACAAGUUUUCACUCAUGACUGUGAUGAUGCCAAAUGAAAAUAAUCUUCAACUGUUAGCUGUUUGCUUAUUUAAUUAUUAUUGCAUUUAUUUAAGCAUAACCUCCCCUGUAAUCGAUAAGACAAAUGUCACAUACUCCAGAAAAGAUCAAGAAGCCCCCCUCCUUUGAUGAUAAUGCUUGUUGCGUUUGUUAAUGAUAAUUAAUAAUGGUAUUUAUUUAAAUUAUUGUCUGUAUAAGAGUCUAAUAUUUUACCAUUUUGAUGUGUUGAAUAAAGGUUUCAAGAAAUGCAAGCAAUUAAAG